UGUCCCUUGUUUGCUGUUGUAUUUGCAUGUUUGCGUUUACGAUUUUACUUGGGAUUAACCUUGUCACCUUUAAUGUAAAUGACAUAUUAAUCCCCGCACCGAACCCGGGUUGGAGAUGAGUAAACAUGUUCUGUUAAAUGCUGCUUGAAUUGGGUGGGAUUUGCAGAGAGGAAUGAGGGGUGCCACCCUAGUACAUGUGCUCCUGUUAGUUGUCUCGUGUGUGUGUGAACCGAGAGACUGCUCAGUCCCUAGCGCUGUCUAAUGGCCCUGCUACAGUAUUUGACUUUCGCAUGUAGUAUCCAUUUCAAGGCAGCUUGCUGUAUCGGAUUCGGCACAUCCGGAAUUGCAAAUUCUCUGCUAUUCGAUAGAGGAGUGCUGCUUCACCGGGUCCCACCGGCCGGCCGCACUCAACACCGCUUCACUAUAGUCUUGCCUGACUCCCGAAGCGAUGAUCCCCUGCAAUUUAAACAAAGACAAAUGAUGCAAAUAUUCAUCAGGUCUGACCAAUGUGCACCCAGCCCGCGGGCCUGCACCGACCACAUUCAGAUGGAGACUCCCACAGCGCUCGCAUCGCCCCUAUCCCUGCAGCUCGCUCACGACAGGGGGCGGCAGCGGUUUGAUCCUGACCCCGGGGAGCUGCAGCACGGCCCGGUGCUCUCGAUCGACCAGAUACGGGCCAUCCGAGCCAACAACGACUACGUGGAGCGCCCGGUGCUAAGCGGCCCCAGGAGCAGCCCCGGCGGCUCGGCCCACAAGUGGGAACGGCCCGGCGAGCCGGAUCGGCGGGCCUCGGGGCCCCAGCAGCAGCUGAGCCGGUCCACCAGCACCGUCAGCUCGGCGUCCCGCAGCAGUAGCACCUCGGAGCAGAGGCUGCUGCUCAGCCUGACCUCGUCUCCUUCAGGCCAAGGGAUUAUCCGGGCGCAGCCCAAAGCUGACCUGAAAGCCGAGCUGAAGAAGGUUCCUGGCGGCGAGGACUGCAGCCAACACUCGCUGCGGUGUGAGCAGUGCGGCAAGUGCAAAUGCAGCGAGUGUACGGCCCCCAGGACUCUGCCUUCGUGCUGGCUCUGUGAGCAGAGGUGCCUUUGCUCUUUGCAGAGCGCUCUGGAGUACGGCACUUGUGUGUGCUGUGUGAAGGGUCUCUUUUAUCACUGCUCCAGUGACGACGAGGACAACUGUGCCGACAACCCGUGCUCCUGCAGCCAAGGCCACUGCUGCGCCCGCUGGACCGCCAUGGGCUUCAUCUCUGCGUUCAUGCCGUGCUUAUGGUGCUACCUACCAGCCAAAGCCGGCCUCCGCCUCUGCCAGGGAUGUUACGACGGCGUCAAGCGACCGGGCUGUCGGUGCAAGAACUCCAACACCGUGUGCAGGAAGUUUUCCAACGCACCUUGUCCGAAAGCCAUCGAAAAGCCUUUAUGACCAAGACACUCUUGCUAUCUCCGUGACCAAUGUUAACCCUGUGGAAGUUCAGAAGGCACAUUCUCUCCAAAACAAACAAGAAAGCUUUCUGAGUCAGAUUCCCGAGAGGGGAUUCUGAAGGCCAGCCCAGGACAUGCACGGGACCAUGGUGUAGGUCUUGGGGGAGAGGGGAUUAGGGGAGAGAAUGGUUGCUGAACCCUCAGUUGGAUGUUUGAAUAGAUUCCUUCCUGAAAACCGAAACAAAAGCCUCACCUUUACCUGGAGGUCUGGGCAUGUGUAACCUGCAGGGAGAACAGGGACGGUCAAUCCUCAUGCUAAGCACCUUCUUAUGGGAUCUUCCUGUGUUCGUUAUGUAGGCCCAGUGAGUUCCUCUGCCGGCAAAUUCCUGAGAUUCCAUUUGUCAACUGCCUGACCAGAGAGAAAUUGGAUGAGUCCACCUCCCAGCGCGCACUCCCCG